AUGGGAAUGAAACAGAAGAAGGAAAGUGAAUCCUCUCCUUCUCAGGGUUUUGGAACUCGGGAUAACCCCUCAGACCAAGAAAAGACCAACUGCCCUGUGUGUGGGAAAACAUUUAUGUAUAAACCAGCAUUUUAUACACACUGGAGAAUCCACACAAGGGAAAAGUCAUAUAAAUGCUUGGAAUGUGGAAAGACCUUUCUUUGGAGUUCGCAUCUUGCUGUACACCAAAGAAUCCACACAGGGGAGAAACUGUACAAAUGCACGGAAUGUGGGAAGAGUUUUGCUCGGAGUGCAGAUCUUAUUGCCCAUCAGGGAAUCCACACCGGGGAGAAACCACAUAAGUGUUUGGAAUGCGGAAAGAGCUUUGCUCGGCGCAUACAUCUCACGGUACACCAGAGAGUCCACACAGGGGAGAAACCAUAUCCAUGCUUGGAAUGUGGAAAGAGCUUUUCUCAGAGUGCCACCCUUACUGCCCAUCAACGAAUCCACACAGGAGAGAAACCAUAUAAAUGUGUGGAGUGUGGAAAGAGGUUUGUUCGGAGGGCUCAUCUUAUGGAACAUCAAAGAAUUCACAGUCGGGAGAAACCACACAAAUGCUUAGAAUGUGGAGAGAGCUUUUCUCAGAGAGCAGAUCUUACUGCUCAUCGAGAAAUCCACACAGGGGAGAAAGCUUAUAAAUGCUUGGACUGUGGAAAGAGCUUCAGGCAUAACUCAACACUUGUUUACCAUCAAGUUAUCCACACAGGGGAAAAACCAUAUAAAUGCUUGGACUGUAGUGAGAGCUUUGCUCUAAAUGCAGAUCUUACCGCCCAUCGACAAAUACACAUAGGUGAGAAACCAUAUAAAUGUCUGGAAUGUGGAAAGACCUUUGUUCGAAGAGCCCAUCUGACUGUUCAUCAAAGAAUUCACACAGGGGAGAAACCUCAUAAAUGCUUGGAGUGUGGGAAGACCUUUGCUGGGACUGGUGGCCUCAUUGCCCAUCGACGAAGCCACACUGGGGAGAAGCCAUAUACAUGUUUGGAGUGUGGGAAGAACUUUAGUCAAAAAACUAACCUUGUUUCCCAUCAAAGAAUCCAUACAGGGGAGAAGCCAUACAAAUGCUUGGAGUGUGGAAAGAGCUUCAUUCGCAAUUACUCUCUGGUUUUGCAUAACAGAGUCCACACUGGGGAAAAGCUGCAUAAAUGCUUCAAGUGUGGCAAGAGCUUCACACGCAAGCCCUACGUUAUGAAGCAUCUGGAAGUCCAUGCGGGGGAACAAUCAUGCCUCCUGUUGAAGGAGUCUGAUGAAAGGGGAGCUGUAGGAAUCUUCCCUGAGUGGUUGGAAUUUGCGUGCUAAACAAGUCCAGAAUUGUACAUCUCUUGAA